CCCAGCAUGCCUGGGGAGUAAGGGGGGGCAAGAUGGCUGCCCCCCAGGAGCUCGUGGGGACAGGCUAGGAGGGCUCCUCGGGAGUAAGCUCUUAUUCCGGGCACCUGGGAAAGGAUCGGAGGCGGCAGCUGCUGCUCGGAUGCAAAGACAUGGAUACGCCUGUGGAGACGUGGGACAGCCUCUGUGCUCACCUGACGUUCCUGUGGCUGAACCGAUUUUACCUGUACUCGUGUGCGUUUUUUGGGAUCAGCGUCUGGAUCUGCACCCAGUUCCUCAGGAAAGCCAAAAAGCAGAAUGGCGGUGCGCUCGAGAAACUUGCCCUUCCGAAAAGCCCCGCUGAAGAGAUGGCGCGGGGCGGCCCCCGCGCCGACCGAGUCCACGUAACCGGGGUGAAGGUUUUUUACGGCUCCCAGACUGGAACGGCAAAGAGGUUUGCGCUGAUUCUGACGGAAGCCGUCGCCGGCAUGGAUUUGCCGACAGAGGUCAUCGACAUGAAGGACUACGAUCCGGAAGACACUUUGGCAGACGAGACAAACAGCAAGAGCAUCUGCGUGUUUUUGGUUGCCACGUACACGGAGGGGAAACCCACGGAGAACGCGGCCUGGUUCUGCAAGUGGCUGGGAGAGGCAGCCAGUGACUUCCGUGUCGGCAAGACGCACCUGAAGGGUUUGAGAUACGCCGUCUUCGGGCUGGGGAACUCCUUGUACGCCGAGCACUACAACACUGUGGGCCGGAACGUCGACAAAUGGCUGUGGAUGCUGGGGGCCCGGCGGGUGCUGUCCUGCGGCCGGGGGGACGCCAACGUGGCCAAGAGCAAGCACGGCAGCGUGGAGGCCGACUUCGAGGCCUGGAAGGGCGCGUUCCUGGCCAGGCUCCGGGCCCUGUGCAAAGGGGAGAAGGCGGCCUGCAGCGGCAGCUGCAAAAAGGGGGCAUGCGCCUCCAAGCGGAAGGCGGCCCGAGGGGCGGCGGAGCGAGAGCCAAAGGCGGCGGAGCGCGAAGAGGAGGAGGAGGAGGAGGAGGAGGGGGGGCUGUUUGAAACCACAAGCGAGGAGGAGUCCGGCGACGAGAGUGGAGGCGCGCGUCGGGUCGUCGAUGUCGAGGAUCUGGGCCAGGUGAUGGGGCACGUGAAGAAAGCCCAGAGGGAGCUGGACGGAGUGGUGACUGGGACGGCUGGAUCCCAGCAGAGCCGAGGGGGGGAAGAGAGGAGAGAGAUGAUCACGCCGGCACUCCGGAACGCGCUCACAAAACAAGGUUACAGAUUGAUUGGGAGCCAUUCUGGAGUGAAGCUUUGUCGCUGGACAAAGUCGAUGCUUCGCGGGAGAGGCGGCUGUUACAAGCACACGUUUUACGGCAUCGAAAGCCACCGCUGCCUGGAGACGACGCCCAGCUUGGCCUGUGCCAACAAGUGUGUCUUCUGCUGGAGGCACCACACAAACCCAGUGGGCACCGAGUGGAGGUGGAAGAUGGACCCACCGGAAAUGAUCUUGCAAGAGGCCAUCGAGAACCACCAGAGCUUGAUCAAGCAAUUUAAAGGGGUGCCGGGCGUGAGAGCCGACCGCUUCGAAGAAGGCCUGGAGGCUAGGCACUGCGCCCUCUCCCUGGUGGGGGAGCCCAUCAUGUACCCCGAGAUCAACCAGUUCCUCAAGCUGCUGCACCGUCGAGGCAUUUCCAGCUUCCUCGUCACGAACGCACAGUUCCCAGCGGAGAUCAGGGCCCUGGAGCCGGUGACGCAGUUGUACGUCAGCGUGGACGCCAGUACCCAAGAGAGCCUGAGGAAGAUCGACCGGCCCCUCUUCAAAGACUUCUGGGCCAGGUUUCUCGACAGCUUACGAGCCCUGGCGGAGAAGCGCCAGCGCACCGUCUACAGAUUAACCCUGGUGAAAGCCUGGAACGUGGACGAAUUGAAGGCUUAUUCUGAGCUGGUGUCUCUCGGCAAACCGGAUUUCAUCGAGGUCAAGGGCGUGACGUAUUGCGGGGAAAGUUCGGCCAGCAGCCUGACCAUGGCCAACGUCCCCUGGCACGAGGAGGUGCGGCGUUUCGUCCAGGAGUUGGCAGACCUUCUCCCGGACUACGAGAUCGCCUGUGAACACGAGCACUCCAACUGCCUCCUGGUCGCCCACAAGAAGUUCAAGAUGGACGGGGAAUGGCACACCUGGAUUGACUACGAUCGUUUCCAGGAUCUGGUCCGCAGAUAUGAACAGAGCGGGGGAGCCGAGACGUUCACCGCUGCCGAUUACGUGGCCCCGACUCCCCCGUGGGCAACCUUUGGGGCUCGCGAGAGGGGCUUCGACCCGGCCGACACGAGAUUUCAACGGAAGAACAGAACAAAGGAUAUCUCCGGGUGCUGAUAACCGAAAAAGAAACGGACCCUUCUGAGCCGCAGUUUGAAUCAGCUUUUUCCAACCUGGUGCUCUCUAGAUGUGAUGGACUACAACUCCCAUCCUUCCCUGCCAGUUGUAGUCCAUCACAGCUAAAAGGACACCAGGUUGCAGAAGGCUAGCCUAGAUUGAUUCAGGGAGACGUCAGUUUUCACACUUGACUCAGAAAUCUUUGUGUAAAAUCCUCUUGAGGACUUUUGAUAACCACACGACCCUUUGAAGUGGUGUCUCUCUUUUCCUCUCUCAUCUUGGACUCUUAAUAUUUGGGGUGGGGUGGGGACGCAGGCAAGGGUGAACGCUUGUUUUUUAAUCCACCCAAAGGAGACUGGUAAGUAAUUUGCUUUUCUAAAAUAGGUAGAGGCAGGUGCUGCUGUCAUCCUUGGUGUGGAGAGACCGCUGAAACCUCCGUGCCUCUCGCCCCCUCCGGGACAAGUGCUGUUGAUCACCCCCCCCCCUUUUUUGCAGUGUGUCGUUGCGGCAGGGAUGCCGCAUUCCCUUUUCACUUUCUGAUUCCAGCGUGGGGAACCUGCAGGCCUCCCAGAUGCGGCUGGACUUCAAAACGACCACCAGCCCCAGCCGUCUCUAGCGGAAUUUGCAUUUCAAAGGAUCUCAAACGUAUCCUUUGAAAUGUGGACAGGUUUCUGCCUUGGAGGCAGUGGCCACGUUCUUUGGGUCUACGUGUGUCAAAUUCUCUCUCUUACACACUCACUCACACACACACACACCAUGUUUCUCCUAUCCCUUUAACUUUGCAACUCCUAGGAUGGUUUUGCUGCAACGUCCUUCUGGGGGGAAAUAGAAUAGGAUCUUCAGUUGCUUUAGAUUAGCCUCCCUCAACCUGAGCUGGGGGAUGCUGGGCCUUGUGGUCCAAUGCAUCUGGAGGGGCCCAGGUUGGGGAAGGCUGCUUAAGAUACACCCCCCCCCCCACACACACACACCCCUCCAGCUCGUGAGCUAGCAGAGUUUGUAUCGAAAGCAACUUGGAUAUGACACGAUUUGUCGGCCUCACAGAAGCCCCAGGGCCCUCGCAUUUCCAGCGUAACGCGCGGCUUGCAGGUUGGGCCUGGAACUGGGCCCGUCUGCUCCGGAUCACCUCCGGGGAGCCGAUUCUUUCGUGGCCCAGAGUCACCUUUCAGUAGACGGAGAUAAGUUGCCUUCGGUUCGUCCCUUGGCAACGUGAUGAAAGGAAAGGGCCUCUCGGCUUGAACCUGGUUUCUGUGACGCUCAGUCUGGUUCAACUGCCGUGGCUCGGGGACCGUGGCACUCUCCCUUUGGAACUCGGGGAAGUGGGGUUCCCUGCGCGAGGCGGCAACCCUGACCACUUUGGGUUACGCUUGCAUCCCGGAGAAACCCUUUGCAGCCUCGUGGAAGUAUCUAAAGUCCCAGCGUGCGCCAGGCCUGAGGUUUCCCCUGGCUUUUCGUUCACGGCACACGGUGCUGUUUUCCGUCGAUUUGACAAUCUGACCCUUCACCUAUGUGAGAUGGAUUUUGGCUAUCCUUUGUGAGCGGAGCUUCUAUUUCUGGGUGUGCGCGUGUGUUUUCCUCGAACAGAAUCAUAGUUCAGCUGCAUAGGUUGCCCCGAUGGGAUAUCCUGGUUUUUUUUGACGCCAUGCGAAACCAGAAUGGAAGGUUACCGGACAACCCUGGUUUCGUAACUCAGCAGCCGCAUGCGUGGGAAAUACAUGAGCCAGCCGGAAGGUUUUUUGCACCGGUAGAAGAAGAAAGCAUGCAUAAAAUAGAAAAGAGGCUUGCCUGUUCUCUCAAAUGGUUCUCGGCCUCUUCUCAAGAUGUGGGAAUUGAAGUCCAACAAAGACUCUGGCUGUAUCCUGUUUGUUUUUUUAAGGAUUUUUUCCAGAGGAAUUUUUCUCGCCUUUCUAGACUGCACAAGGUUUUAUUGUAUUGCUCUUUGAAAAGAUUUUUUUUUUUUAAAAAAAUGGCCACUUUGGCAUUUUUCAAAUGCAGUUUCGCAUUCUGACCUUCUCCACAUCUCCACCCUGUUAACGCUUGCGGAAAUUUGUAAAAUACGUUUGAGUGAUCUUUCCCUCCCAAAAGCCUUGUUACAUUACAGAAAAAUAAAUAAUUAAAAUGCUGGAUGCAAAAUUAA